AUGGCUUCAAACAGUGAGAGCAGGAGCAGCUCAAGCUCUUCAGGCUCGUCUCUUGGGUCCGGACCGAAAUCGAAUCCGAUCUACACGUUCAUCGUCAACACGUUUUGCAUUCCGGCAAUUCGAAAAUUCUUCGGUCAAUUUUUGGCAAAAUCAUCGGAGACAUUGAUUUUAUCCAUUCCUUCUGUUGGUUACUCGCAGACAUUCGGCAAUCGUGAUGAUAAAAACAACAACAACAACAAUAUACCUUCAAAGCCAGUUCUCCUCAUCAUCGAUGGACCAAUUCACUUCUGCUGGGUGAUGCUCCUUGAUCCAAAGAUUGGACUUGGCGAGUCCUAUAUGGCAAAUGACUGGACCAGCUCGCCAAAUCCCACCGAGCUUCUUCGCCUCUUGAUUCGCGCCAAACGUCAAACGAAAAUUGCAAAAUCCGCCGAACAGCCGGAUGAACCGCAUAAAAAGUCAAUCGUCUCGGUGAUCUCAAGCAUCGUUGUCGAUCUGAUUCGCAAAAUCGCCAAGGUUGUCAAUUACGGACAACAUUGGAUUCGCGAGAAUAGCUUGACACAAAGCACAAAAAACAUCCAAGCGCAUUAUGAUCUUGGAAAUGAGAUGUUUCAAUUGUUCCUUGAUAAAUCAAUGACUUACUCAAGCGGAAUAUUCGAUACUAUAAAACCGGUCACUGAUGUGGACUUCAAUGCUCUCGAACAAGCUCAAUAUCGCAAGAUUGACCGUUUGAUUAAGCAACUUGACCUUAAAGCUCACGAUCGUGUACUCGAAAUUGGAUGUGGCUGGGGAUCGGCUGCAAUUCGGGCCGUUCAGAAGACUGGAUGCAAAUGGACUGGAAUUACCAUUUCAAAAGAACAACUCGAACUCGCACGAAAGCGCGUCAUAGAUGCCGGUCUCGAGGGGCAAAUAGAAUUGAGAUUCCAAGAUUAUCGACUUGUCAAGGAAAAAUACACGAAGGUGAUAUCGAUUGAGAUGAUCGAGGCGGUCGGCGAGAAAUAUCUGCCCGCUUAUUUCCAAAAGAUCAAUGAUGUCCUCGAAGACGGCGGCAUUGUGGGAAUUCAAGCGAUCAUCUGUCCCGACGCCUACUAUGAUCAAUACAAAUCAUCGUCAGACUUCAUCAAAAAAUACAUCUUCCCUGGAGGUCAUCUGCCAUCACUUGGGGCCAUCAAAGCCAGCCUACCUCCCACAUUGGCCCAGACUGAUCUUUUCAGUAUGGGACACCAUUACUCGAUGACAUUAGAAAAUUGGUUCUAUGCCUGGAUGCGCGCCAAGAACGAAAUCGAAACUCGCUUCCAACUCCCCUCCGACUUCCAUCGUCGCUGGCAAUUCUACUUUUGCCUAUGCGCUGCACUCUUCUCAUAUGAUCACAUCGACGUUGUGCAGCUCACUUACAAGAAGAAGCAAAUCGCCUAA